AGUGGACGGAGAUGAUUUAAGGGCAGCUCCCACCCCUCAGUUCCGAGCUCCUGGGCACACAUCUGGAGCAGCCGCUGCCAGCCGGACUGGUCCCUCCAGCUCCCCCCUGAGCAGCUCAGCAGCCAGCUCCCAACCCAGGUCCCUGCAACUGCCUGCACCAUGGACAGCAUAAGUACAGCCAUCUUGCUCCUGAUCCUGGCUCUCAUCUGUCUACUCCUGACCACCAGCUCAAAGGGCAAGGGCCGGCUGCCCCCAGGCCCCAGGGCCCUCCCAUUCCUGGGAAAUCUGCUGCAGCUUCGCUCCCAAGAUAUGCUGACCUCCCUCACCAAGUUGAGCAAGGAAUUCGGCGCAGUGUACACAGUGUACCUGGGGCCCAGACGGGUGGUGGUCCUCAGUGGGUACCAAGCCGUGAAGGAGGCGCUGGUGGACCAGGCGGAGGAGUUCAGUGGCCGCGGCGACUACCCUGCCUUCUUCAACUUCACCAAGGGCAACGGCAUUGCCUUCUCCAAUGGAGACCGGUGGAAAGCCCUUAGAAAGUAUUCUCUUCAAAUUCUGCGCAACUUCGGCAUGGGGAAGAGAACCAUUGAGGAGCGGAUCCUGGAAGAAGGCCACUUCCUGCUGGAGGAGCUUCGGAAAACUCAAGGCAAGCCCUUCGACCCCACGUUUGUGGUGAGCCGCUCCGUGUCCAACAUUAUCUGCUCAGUGAUCUUCGGCUCCCGCUUCAACUACGACGACGACCGUCUGCUCACCAUUAUCCACCUCAUCAAUGAAAACUUCCAAAUCAUGAGCAGUCCCUGGGGAGAGAUGUACAAUAUCUUUCCGAACCUCCUGGACUGGGUGCCCGGGCCACACCGACGCCUUUUUAAGAACUACGGACGCAUGAAGAACCUCAUCGCCCGCAGCGUCCGUGAACACCAGGCUUCCCUUGACCCAAACUCUCCCCGGGACUUCAUUGAUUGCUUCCUUACCAAGAUGGCACAGGAAAAGCAAGACCCGCUGAGCCACUUUUUCAUGGAUACUCUGCUGAUGACCACACACAAUCUGCUCUUUGGCGGCACCGAGACCGUGGGUACCACGCUGCGCCACGCCUUCCGACUGCUCAUGAAGUAUCCAGAAGUGCAAGUCCGCGUCCAGGAGGAAAUCGACCGCGUGGUGGGACGCGAGCGGCUGCCGACUGUGGAGGACCGAGCGGAGAUGCCUUACACAGACGCAGUGAUUCACGAAGUGCAGCGCUUCGCAGACAUCAUCCCCAUGAGCUUGCCGCACCGUGUCACUCGGGACACGAACUUUCGAGGCUUCACGAUACCCAGGGGCACCGAUGUCAUCACCCUCCUUAAUACAGUCCACUACGAUCCAAGCCAAUUUCUGAAGCCCAAGGAAUUCAACCCUGAACAUUUUCUGGAUGCCAAUAUGUCCUUCAAGAAGAGUCCUGCCUUCAUGCCUUUCUCAGCCGGACGCCGGCUGUGCCUGGGCGAGGCGCUGGCGCGCAUGGAGCUCUUCCUCUACCUCACCGCCAUCCUGCAGAGCUUCUCGCUGCAGCCGCUGGGGGCGCCCGAGGACAUCGAUCUGACCCCGCUCAGCUCGGGCCUCGGCAAUGUGCCCCGGCCUUACCAGCUCUGCGUGCGCGCGCGCUGACGCCGAAUCCCUUCCAGAUUCGUCUGUGAACGAUGGGGCCUGUGUGGAGGGGUGCUUCGAGCCAUCGUCUCGUUCCCCUGCGCCCCGUCCCUCUCGCUGUCACAUUCGCUUCCCAUCACCUUGCGCCAGCUGCAUGCCCUUCCCCAACAU